AUGAGUUGGGAUCGCCCCGUUCACAGUCUGGUUCGGUGCUUUGUGAACCUGUCAUGUAUGCUAUGCUAUGGGAAUACCGUGCUCAUGGAUUCAUUUAUGUUCAGUUUCAGCUAUCCCAACGGCGAACCUCAAACUCCCACGAGGACCCCGAAUACCUUCGGUGACUCGUUUCAGACCCCCAAGCUCGAAUCUAGCUUUUUCGACCCCCGGGUAACCUGGGACACCUCCGAUCCAUAUGCUUCGAGCCCGGAGCUCCUCCGCACACCGCAGAAAUUUGGUCUAGGCUCGUCGAAUGCGGCGAAAGGCCAAAAUGGAGAGACGGGCGACUACAGGGGGAGGGUAUCAGAUGAGACGGAUACGGCCAGACGGAUCCGUCCAAUGAAGCCUCUUCCGAGUGUGAGCGAGGAUUACCCCCGGACAGUGGGCUCGGCCAAGUCAGCAGCCUCGAUGCAAACGCCGCCGCCGACAAGUGCAUCGAGACGGAAAAUCCCCGAGUUUGGCCAGACCGAUGGAUAUACACAGGACGCAACACCGGGGAUGGGGGGCCAUUUGGAAACCCCCAGUCGUCUUCUUGGAGAAUCCCCCCGAAUGUUUGGCAACUUUCAAUCGUCGCCCGAUUUGUUCCAGCUGGCUUCAUUGGACCCCACGGGCUCACCUUUCUUCCCACAGCAACGACUCUUCUGGGAUCAUGAUCUAGAAAACACAGCCAGUGAAAUCCCUUUACCGAACAACAGGAGCAGUUUCAAUACCCGUCAGACCUCCGUCGCUACAAUUGCACACCAUAUCCCCCAAUUACCUACCAUUGAUGGUACAAUUGAUCUUCCUGAUUUUGGCAAUGGCUUUGGGAUCUCAGCAGCACCGCCAACUGACGCUGCCUUCUUUCCUGCGCCAUUCUCGACAUCUCCCCGGCUCCCAGUCACUAAAACGGAGGAUCCGGCCUUGUUUCUUAGCUCCCCUGCGAGACGAUUUGGUGGACUUCAGCUUACACCACAGACACGGUCUCUUCGUGGCCUGAGACAGCCCUAUCACCACCAGGCGGAGGAAUCAAGGCGCGAAGAACUUCUGCGUGCACAGGCAUCAGAUGGACAACGACGUGAUCCUUUCGCUGCCUUCCCGAGCGACAGCGAAGAGGAAGAUGACGACUUCACACCGAGGGGCGUACGACCAGGUUUGACCCGUAGUCUAACACAUCAUGGUCUAUCUAGCUCAUCCCGGCCGUUCAGUCAAGCCGGUGGUAUGAUGGCAUCAACAAGUGGGAUCCGAAAAAGCCCCUCUAAAGGGCGUUCGUCUCCCGCGAAACCCAUGCGUCCUGCUCCACUGACGCGGGCCAACUCUACUGCCACCGGGUCUUUGACCCGGUCAUCAUCUGUAGUGCUUCGAAUUGGUCGAGAUGGCCGUGCAAAAGCUGAAAUGGAGCCAGUCAACGAGGCACCCACAGGAUUGACCGAUCCCCUCACCGGUCUAGAUCUAGAUGGCUCUACAACCGAAAGCGAGGCAGAUCCAGCUGAGUUCUCUGAAUAUCCCGUGCUACAUCGCGCUCAGUCGUCCUUUCCCUUCUAUGAUGGCCCAAGGCCUGCACUUUCCCGGAGUGACUCGGGCUCUCGACCUCCCUCGAAGGGUUCAUAUACUUCCACCGUCGGCUCGUCCCACUCCGAGCGGAUGUCACCCUGGACUGGCUCUUCUAAGGGUAGCGGACGAGCAACGUAUCGAGGAUCCCCGGAUAUCAAACGGACACCUAAACGACAUUCGUCCCUGUUGCAUUCGGACUCGACCUACACCCAGAGUAGUGUAGCAUCGGAUUUCUUGCCCGGAGAGGAGGAGGACAGUGGCGAUGCUCAAUCCGCUCUCCGACAGGUCCUCAAAGAACGUGGCCGGGGUCCCCGACCCUCCACAAAUGGAUUCGGCAACCGGCUCUCUCGGUCCCACACCUUUGCUCAUCUCCGCUCAUCGCCACCUCGCCUUGGCAGUGAUUUUGACCUUCAUGCCCGACAUAAUGCUUCUCCGACGACUUUGACUGACCCCGAUCUUGCAACCCCCAGCACGGACCGUCAUAGCAAUCCCAGCAAUGGUACACGAUGUGUCUGCCGCUCAAUGGAUAACGGUGGCCAUCUUAUGAUUCAAUGCGAAUCUUGUACGCAUUGGUUACACACUAGAUGUGUUGGGCUGGAGCGCGCAAAUUUGCCCUCUGUCUAUGUUUGUGUCUUCUGUGCCCCAACACCAUCACGGCAGAACCGCACACGAACCUCCUAUGUCCCUACGACGCAAGCCCCUCCCUCUCCUUUGGCCCAUAAGUCAUUCCGCUUCCGGUAA